GUAUAUCCGUCGUGAAACCUAAAUUUUCCUAGUGAAAAUAUUCGAACAGUGUAUCACGUGGCAGUUGCGAACAUGUCGAAUGCAAGACUUUAUUUGAUAACUUUCGUAGUGUGUUUGGCCCAAUUAAAUGCGGGCCUAUUUUUGGAAUGGACGUUACCAGUGAUAACAAAAUCCUCAGUCGACGACUUUCCUUUCAAAAUCGCUAUCGACGAAGCCUCCUGGAUAGUAUCUUUAUCAAAACUUGGAACAGCGUUCGGUUGCUUUCUUUCGAUAUUCAUCGUUGACUUUCUAGGUAGAAAAAUCUCGAUAUUGCUUACUAUUAUUCCAACUUGCCUAAGUUGGUUAUUAAGAAUAUGGAAUCCAUCGAUUCUGAAUCUGUACGUGGCCAGUUUCAUAGGCGGAAUCGUCAGUGGCAUAAUUUUCACGAGUGGCUCAAUGUUCGUGACAGAGACCUCUCCUGCGCACAUUCGCGGUGCUUUGUGCAGUUGCUUCGUAUUAAUGCAUUAUUGCAGUAAUCUUUUAGGCUGUGUAAUCGGCUCAUAUAGCACCGUGCACCAAUAUUCUUACGUGGCGAUAUCAUUGGCAAUGCUGCAAUUCCUGAUAUUCAUUUGGUGCCCUGAAACUCCUUAUUACUUGCUGCGCCGAAAAAAAUUCGCAGCUGCCAUGGAUUCUUUGAUAUUCUUGCGCGGUUCGGGUGACGUUACCGAGGAAAUGAAUUCUAUUAUUAGAGCGGUCGAAUCCAGUCCUCGAUGCAAUGGGAUAUUGUCUUCUAUCUUACACUUAAUUUCUGAGUCAGGAGGAAAAGCUGCGAUCUUAAUCGGCGCAGGUGUAAUGACGGUGCAAGCGUUCUCAAGCUCGAUCAUUCUUAUCGGUUACGCCCAAACGAUCUUCGAGAAGACCCACGAUGUUCAACUGCAGUGGGUCUACACCAGCAUCGUCUUAGCAACGGUGUAUCUGAUCUCGUAUCUUAUGUGCAUUAGCUUGGUGGAUCGUUUAGGAAGAAGACCUCUAAUGGUUAUAUCCACCAUAGGCGUUUCUAGUUGCAGUUUCCUUUUGGCUGUCUACUUCUGCAUGCAAGAGAACGCCAUAGAUACCACGAAUCUUCGGCUGUUGUCCUUCGUAGCAGUAUUAUUUUACACGAUAAGCUUCUCUUUAGGAUUGGCCAGUGUACCUUUCGUUGUUUUAAACGAAAUAUUUCCAAUCUACGCGAAAGCAACGUGUAUCAGCUUUUGUUUCUGCAUAAAUUUCGUAUGGUCGUUUAUCGCGUCGCGUGUCUGGAGUGAGAUCAUGUUCGAACAUAACGCAUAUUCCCUUGUCUUUUUGUUUAUUUCCGGUCUGAACACGUUCAGUAUCUUCUUUCUAAUGUUUUACUUUCCGGAAACGAAAAGAGAAUCGUUAUUGCAAAUUAGGAAGAAUUUUAUUGAGGGAAUGAAAAAGUGAUUAAUCAGGCCAUUAUUUUGGUUGAAAGGAGUAAUUAGUUAAGAAGCAUAAAAGUUCACGAUUAAUUAUGAGAAGAUGUCGUUGCCGAAAAAUAAAAAUAGCAUCUAUUAAAAAACCACAUAAAUUAUUUAUUGAAAAUGUUAGAACAACCUUUUAAAAGUCCAUUUUGGAACCUAUGUAAACAGGUACUGCGACACAUAUUGUAAUUUACAGUAAUAUGUACAUUUAAGGAUACGAACAGUCUGGAAAUCGCCGAGUACAUAUCGAUAUUUGGAAUCGUACAUACUUUACUUCGCAGCAGGUGAAUUUCGAGCAGCGUAAUCCGUAAUAGAAAUCAGGGAACAAGCAUUGUAACUCGACAACGGUGUAGUCGAAUUGAUACGAAAUAAAUAAUUUUCCAAAAAUUG